UGAGCCCUCGCUAAGCCAUGAGGGCCCGGGGCGCGCCUCUUGCUGGCACUUCGCGGCUGCUGCUUCUGCUACUGCUGAAGGUUUCACUCUCUUCUGUCCUCGGGUUUGCCACGGCACCCAGGAACGAAACUUGUCUGGGGCAGAGCUGUUCACCACUGGUCCAGCGCCGCAGCAGGGAUGCACGGGUACUAGGAAAUUCAGCAAGAGACGUUCUGCGAGUCCAUGCGCCCAAGGAGGAGCUGCAGGUAGCAGGGCGAGCGGCGCCCUCCUGGGACCUACCUGUAACCGAGGGCGUUGACCCAGGUGCGGGCAGAGGGGCGGAGGCGUCCGACUCCGCACCCUGGGGACCUCCAACCAGGUCGCCUGGCGCCUGGAGACGGAAAGAUGUCGGCGAUCUGGAGCCCUCUGGAAAUUUGGGUAGAGGGGGCCCCAGAAACCUCCAUGUCUUUCUUCAGACCUCUGAGGAGAAAGAGAAGAGUCCUAGGGGCGCUAAGAUUUCCUUGCGCAGCCAGGAGCAGGGUGUGAAAACGGAACCCGGAGCCAGAGAUCUUUUUUACUGGCCAAGGAGAGCAGAGAAACUGCAGGGUUCGCACCGCAAGCCCCCAUCCAGUGGACAAGCGGGGCACGAAGGGAGGACAGUUGCGCCCCCCGGUAGGGCUCUACCCCAAAAUGGGUCCUUGGGUGACGGGGUCCAUGAACGCGGGGGUCCCCGCCGGGGUAACAGCACAAACAGACGCUUGAGACUGAAGAACCCCUUCUAUCCGCUAACCCAGGAAUCCUACGGAGCCUACGCUGUCAUGUGUUUGUCGGUGGUGAUCUUUGGGACCGGCAUCAUUGGCAAUUUGGCAGUGAUGUGCAUCGUGUGUCACAACUAUUACAUGCGGAGCAUCUCUAAUUCUCUUUUGGCUAACCUGGCCUUCUGGGACUUUCUCAUCAUCUUCUUCUGCCUUCCCCUCGUCAUCUUCCACGAGCUGACCAAAAAGUGGCUGCUGGAGGACUUCUCCUGCAAGAUUGUGCCCUAUAUCGAGGUGGCUUCUCUGGGUGUCACUACCUUCACCUUAUGUGCUCUGUGCAUUGAUCGCUUCCGCGCUGCCACCAACGUGCAGAUGUACUACGAAAUGAUAGAAAACUGUUCUUCCACCACCGCCAAACUGGCUGUCAUCUGGGUUGGCGCCCUAUUGUUGGCACUUCCAGAAAUUGUUCUCCGCCAGCUGAGCAAGGAGGAUCUGGGGUUUAGUGGCCGAGCUCCGGCGGAACGGUGCGUAAUAAAGGUCUCUCCCGAUUUACCAGACACCAUCUAUGUGUUAGCUCUCACUUACGACAGUGCAAGACUCUGGUGGUAUUUUGGUUGUUAUUUUUGUUUACCCACACUUUUCACCAUUACCUGCUCUCUAGUGACUGCUAGGAAAAUCCGAAAAGCAGAGAAAGCCUGUACCAGGGGGAAUAAACGACAGAUUCAGCUGGAAAGCCAGAUGAACUGCACGGUAGUGGCAUUGACCAUUUUAUAUGGAUUUUGCAUUAUUCCUGAAAAUAUCUGCAACAUUGUCACUGCCUAUAUGGCCACAGGGGUUUCACAGCAGACAAUGGACCUCCUUAACAUCAUCAGCCAGUUCCUUCUUUUCUUUAAGUCCUGUGUCACCCCCGUGCUCCUUUUCUGCCUCUGCAAACCCUUCAGCCGGGCCUUCAUGGAGUGCUGCUGCUGCUGCUGUGAAGAGUGUAUCCAGAAGUCUUCUACAGUCACCAGCGACGACAAUGACAAUGAGUACACCACGGAGCUCGAACUCUCCCCCUUCAGCACCAUUCGCCGGGAAAUGUCUACGUUUGCCUCUGUUGGAACCCAUUGCUAAAGGAC